AGUCAUGGGCAAAAAGGUCCAGAAAAAAAUGCGAUUGCUUGCAUGAAAGAAGAAAGAUUUCUGGGGAGAAAGUAGCCAACGUCGGUCUGAGAAGCAAAAUGGCUUCUCUGAGAGUGCCUGAGGUUACUGCUCCAAUCCAGGACAGCGAGCGACUCAGAAAGGCCUUUGAAGGAUUUGGAACGGAUGAGGAGGCAGUGAUAUCUGUACUGGGACACAGAAAUGCAAACCAAAGGAAGAAAAUUAGAGAAACCUAUCAGCAGCUUUACAAUGAAUCCCUCAUUGAUCGUCUACAUUCUGAACUAUCCGGAGACUUUAGAAAUGCAGUGAUUCUUUGGACUACUGAUCCUCCAGAAAGGGACGCAAAAUUGGCAAAUGCUGCAUUGAAGGGUUGGAGAAUAGGGAUUAAAGAACUACAAGUUCUGGUUGAAAUAGCAUGCGCAUCAUCUCCUAACCAUCUUAUGGCUGUGAGGCAGGCUUACUGUUCUCUCUUUGAUUGCUCGCUGGAAGAGUAUAUUGUAUCCAAUGUUCACAAGCCCCUCAGUAAGCUUUUGGUGGGCCUAGUGAGCUCCUACAGGUAUGAUAAAGAAGUUGUGGAUCCCGAGGCUGCGAUGUUGGAGGCAGCAAGACUUAAUGAAGCCAUCAACAAGAAGCAAUUAGACCACGAUGACAUUGUUUGGAUACUUAGCACCAGAAAUGUUUUCCAGCUCAGGGCGACUUUUGCAUACUACAAGCAACUAUAUGGGAAUACAUUGGAACAGGAUAUCAAAAACUGUGGAAAAGGAGAUUUCAAGUCUCUUUUAAAUGUGAUAGUGUGUUGCAUAGAUUGCCCCGAGAAACAUUUUGCUAAGGUUGUAAAAGACUCAAUAUGGGGGCUGGGAACUGAUGAAGAUUCUCUUACUAGAGCUUUUGUAACUCGAGCUGAAAUCGACCUUUCGAAAGUUGAAGUGGAGUAUGCCGCCAUGUACAAAUCCAGUCUUGAAGAUGAUACCUCAGGAGAUACCUCAGGAGACUACAGAAGGUUCUUGAUGACUUUGCUUGGGAAAUGAUCUGAUGCUUCAUGGCCUUAUUAAAACUUGUCUAUGGUUGUAUUUUAUUUGUGAUUUAUUUGAGACCGCUUGAUAGUCGUUAAGACUUUAAUUAAAAUAUAUGUUGCACAAGUAAAGACUGGGACUAGAACCAAUGGUUUGUGAUUCUGAAUUGUUAACUGUUUGUAAAUAUUUAGUGGCAUGAUCUUUAUGUGAGAAGUUAGAGGACAUGGUAUAUGAAUAUCAAGGUGGUAUGGUGAAAAAUGUUGCCAACUUGACAAUUAAACCAUUACUGUGAAUAUAAUGUUUGGUUUUUUGAA